AUGACCAUCUCUCCUCCACCAUCUUCAACUCCAACUCAUGCGUCCUGCGCUUCUGCUCUUCCGAGGUCGGCUUCCAAUGUCCACCCGGAGGUGCGUCUCGCAAUAAUGGCGCAACCAAGCCCUAUGACCGAUGUGACGCAGCGAUUAUUCGUGGAGUUGAAGUCCAAGAACGAGGAGACCCGGGUCCGAGCUGCCUACGAGCUCUAUGACAACGUCCUUUCAGUCUCACGAGACUGGCCCUCCGAGAAAUUCGUCGAGUUUUACAACGCGGUCAGCCAGCGGAUCGCCCAGCUGGUGGUGACCGGCAGCGAUGCAAAUGAGAGAAUCGGCGGUCUCUUGGCUCUCGACCACCUAAUCGACUUUGAUGGCGUCGACGCCGCUCAGAAAACAACACGUUUUGCAAGCUAUUUGAGAAGCGCCCUUCGAAGCAACGAUAAUGUGGUAUUGGUGUACGCGGCCCGAUCGCUCGGCCGCCUUGCGAAGCCGGGCGGGGCACUUACUGCAGAGCUCGUGGAAAGUGAGAUCCAAUCAGCUCUGGAAUGGCUACAAUCUGAACGUCAAGAAAGCCGGCGUUUUGCGGCAGUGCUGGUGAUUCGGGAACUCGCAAAGGGCUCGCCGACGCUCCUCUACGGCUUUGUACCGCAAAUUUUCGAGCUUGUCUGGGUGGCACUUCGAGAUCCCAAAGUGCUCAUCCGAGAGACUGCUGCGGAAGCUGUGGGCGAGUGCUUCGAAAUUAUCGUGGCUCGAGAUGCCCAGGUCCGCCAGUCGUGGUUUGCCCGGAUUUACGACGAGGCAUUGCUGGGGCUGAAGUCCCACAAUGUGGACUGGAUUCAUGGCUCGCUCUUGAUUCUUAAGGAACUGAUCCUGAAGGGUACCAUGUUCAUGAAGGAGCACUACCGGAAUGCUUGCGAGAUUGUGCUCCGCCUCAAAGACCAUCGCGACCCCAAAAUUCGCACCCAAGUCGUCCUUACCAUCCCUAUCCUCGCAUCCUACGCCCCCACCGACUUUAUUGAGGUCUAUUUGCACCGAUUCAUGAUUUAUCUGCAGGCACAACUUAAGAGAGACAAAGAACGGAAUUCUGCUUUCGUGGCUAUCGGCAAGAUUGCAAAUGCAGUGGGGCCAGCCAUCGCGCAGUAUCUUGAUGGCAUCAUCGUCUAUAUCCGUGAGGGGCUUGCGAUGAAAGCCAGGAACCGUGCGGGUAUUAACGAGGCUCCCAUGUUCGAGUGUAUCAGUAUGCUUUCGCUGGCCGUGGGACAGGCCCUCAGCAAAUACAUGGAGGCCCUGCUUGACCCUAUCUUCGCCUGCGGUCUUAGCAAAUCAUUGACACAAGCUUUGGUUGACAUGGCUCACUACAUCCCUCCGAUCAAACCUACAAUCCAAGAGAAGCUUCUCGACAUGUUGAGUAUCAUCCUUUGUGGAACACCAUUCCGGCCUCUCGGUUGUCCCGAGAACCGUCUUCCUCCUAUGCCAUCAUUCGCCAAAGAUUUCGCACCUCAUGAGCUCCAUUCCGAUGCUGACAUUGCAUUGGCUCUUCAUACCCUGGGAAGCUUUGAUUUCUCCGGUCACAUUUUAAAUGAGUUCGUUCGCGAUGUGGCGAUCAAUUAUGUGGAGAAUGACAACCCCGAGAUUCGGAAGGCAUCGGCUCUUACGUGCUGUCAACUGUUUGUGCAUGAUCCAAUCAUCAAUCAAACCAGUGGACACUCAAUCCAAGUUGUCAGUGAAGUUAUUGACAAACUGCUGACGGUCGGUAUUGGGGAUCCUGAUCCAGAGAUCCGGCGUACUGUUUUAUGGUCGUUGGAUCGCAAAUUUGAUCGGCAUCUGGCUCGACCAGAGAACAUCCGAUGUCUGUUCCUGGCCGUGAACGAUGAGGUCUUUGAAGUCAAAGAAGCUGCCAUCUGUAUCAUCGGCCGCCUCUCCAGCGUGAACCCCGCUUAUGUCUUCCCACCAUUGCGGAAGUUGCUGGUCAACCUUUUGACAGGACUUGGAUUUGCCAACACGGCUCGCCAGAAGGAAGAGACCGCACAGCUCAUCAGUUUGUUCGUUUCAAAUGCGACAAAACUGAUUAGAUCAUAUGUGGACCCCAUGGUUACGGCAUUACUACCGAAGGCGACAGAUACAAACCCCGGCGUUGCUGCUGUCACUCUGAAGGCUGUGGGAGAGCUUGCCAAUGUUGGCGGAGGGGAGAUGAGAAAUUACCUCUCACAAAUCAUGCCCAUUAUUCUUGAUUCGCUGCAAGAUCUUUCUUCUCACGCCAAACGUGAAGCAGCGUUGAAGACUCUGGGACAACUGGCCAGUAAUUCUGGCUACGUCAUUGAGCCAUAUCUCGAAUACCCCCAUCUUCUUGAUGUCCUGAUCAACAUUAUCAAAACUGAGCAAACAGGAUCUCUACGGAAAGAGACCAUUAAGCUUGUUGGUGUUCUUGGUGCUCUGGACCCCUACAAAUACCAGCAAAUCAGUGAUAUCGAGCCUGAUGUUCACCACAUCAAUGAAAUCCAAAAUGUUUCGGAUGUUGCAUUGAUUAUGCAGGGUUUGACCCCGUCGAAUGAGGAGUAUUAUCCUACGGUUGUGAUUCACACUCUGUUGCAGAAUAUCUUGAGGGAGAACUCUCUGGUCCAGUACCACUCGGCUGUGAUCGACGCCAUUGUCACCAUCUUCAAAACCCUGGGCCUGAAGUGUGUGCCAUUCUUGGGGCAGAUCGUACCCGCAUUCAUUUCGGUGAUCAGGAGCUCUCCUGCAAGCCGCCUUGAAUCUUAUUUCAACCAGAUGGCUAUCCUGGUCAACAUUGUGCGGCAACACAUUCGGGCGUUCUUGCCAGAAAUCAUCGACGUGAUCCGUGAAUUCUGGCAUGCAUCAUACCAAGUACAAGGCACAAUUCUGUCGCUGGUUGAGGCCAUUUCUAGGUCAUUGGAAGGAGAAUUCAGAAAGUACCUUGCCCGUCUGAUUCCCCUGAUGCUGGAUACCCUCGAGAAGGACACUACACCUCGUCGUCAACCUUCUGAGAAGAUUCUCCACGCUUUCUUGAUCUUUGGAUCGAGCGGCGAGGAAUACAUGCACCUUAUCAUUCCUUCCAUUGUCCGUCUUUUUGAUCGUCAACAGCACCCUCAGAGCAUCCGCAAGUCUGCUAUCGACAGUCUCACCAAGCUUUCGCGACAGGUCAAUGUAUCUGACUUUGCAUCUCUCAUGGUUCAUUCACUCUCCCGAGUUGUGACCAGUGGCGACCGUAUAUUGCGUCAAGCUGCGCUGGAUUGUAUCUGUGCUUUGAUCUUCCAGCUCGGCCAAGACUUUACUCACUACAUCCACCUUUUGAACAAGGUUCUCAAGCAACACCAAAUCACUCAUACCAACUACCAGAUCCUGGUAACGAAGCUCCAAAAGGGAGAUCCGCUUCCACAAGAUCUGAAUCCGGAAGAGAACUACGCAUUCCCUGCCGAUGAUACCAGUUUUGCAGAGAUUGGUCAGAAGAAAAUUGUUGUGAACCAGCAACAUCUCAAGAAUGCAUGGGAUGCUUCACAGAAGUCUACCCGUGAAGAUUGGCAGGAGUGGAUCCGUCGAUUCAGCGUUGAGCUUCUGAAAGAGUCACCAUCACCGGCCUUGCGAGCUUGUGCCAGUCUGGCAGGAAUUUACCAGCCUUUGGCACGGGAUCUUUUCAACGCUGCCUUUGUGUCGUGUUGGACCGAACUCUAUGACCAGUACCAAGAGGAGCUGGUCCGUUCCAUUGAGAAAGCGCUCACUUCACCGAACAUCUCUCCGGAAAUCCUCCAAAUCCUGCUUAACCUUGCCGAGUUUAUGGAGCACGAUGACAAGGCUCUCCCCAUCGACAUUCGUACUCUCGGCAAGUAUGCAGCCAAGUGUCAUGCAUUUGCCAAGGCUCUUCACUACAAGGAGCUCGAGUUCGAACAGGACCAGAACUCGGGUGCUGUCGAAGCUUUGAUUACCAUCAACAACCAGCUCCAGCAAUCUGAUGCCGCUAUCGGUAUUCUCCGGAAGGCGCAAGCGUAUCGUGACGUUGAGCUGAAAGAAACUUGGUUCGAAAAGCUCCAGCGAUGGGACGAGGCUCUUGCUGCUUACAAGAGGCGCGAGAAAACCGACCCAGAUUCCUUUGGCAUUACAAUGGGUAAGAUGCGUUGUUUGCAUGCUCUAGGAGAGUGGAAGGUCCUUUCGGAUCUUGCACAGGAGAAAUGGAAUCAAGCGUCACUGGAACACCGUAGGGCUAUUGCCCCUCUUGCUGCCGCCGCCGCCUGGGGUCGCGGCCAGUGGGAGCUGAUGGACUCUUAUCUGGGUGUUAUGAAAGAGCAGUCUCCAGAUCGAUCUUUCUUCGGCGCUAUCCUCGCCAUCCACCGCAACCAGUUUGAAGAGGCCAACAUGUAUAUUGAAAAGGCACGCAACGGCCUUGACACAGAACUUUCGGCCCUUCUUGGAGAAUCUUACAACCGGGCCUAUAAUGUUGUCGUUCGUGUCCAGAUGCUUGCUGAGCUGGAAGAGAUCAUCACAUACAAGCAGAACGUCGGUGACGCUGAGAAGCAAGAGGCAAUGCGCCUGACUUGGAACCAACGAUUGCUCGGCUGUCAGCAGAAUGUGGAAGUGUGGCAGCGCAUGCUCAAGGUGCGGGCACUCGUGACCGCUCCUCGCGAGAACCUUGAAAUGUCCAUCAAAUUCGCUAAUCUUUGCCGCAAAUCCAACCGCAUGGGUCUUGCUGAGCGGUCUCUCGCGUCCCUUGAGACUGUCGUCACCGACGCUACUGGCACACACACAGUCGCACAUCCAGAAGUGACUUACGCCCGAUUGAAGUUCAGCUGGGCGAAUGGACAUCAACUGGAGGCUCUUGAAAUGUUGAAAGAUUUCACCUCUGGCUUGAGUGACGAUCUUUCUAAGUUCAACACGCUCAUGGUGUCGCACAAUGAGCACCACGGAAUGAACGGCGUGAAUGGUAUUGCCGACCCGAGCCAUCCUGAUGCCAUCAGCCUGCGUGAGCGGGUUGGCGACGUCGCGAAGUUCCGAAAGCUUCUGUCCAAGAGCUACCUCCGACAGGGAGAAUGGCAGACAACGCUCCAGAGAGGUGAUUGGAGACCGGAGUAUGUCCGCGAGGUUCUCAGUGCGUACUCAGCGGCCACCCAAUACAACCGUGACUCAUACAAGGCGUGGCACGCUUGGGCUCUUGCAAACUUCGAGGUCGUCACAACAAUUGCGAACCAGGCGAGCCGCGACGGCAAGCCGGCACCAGUACCGCCACACAUAGUGACAGAGCACGUUAUUCCUGCCAUUCGUGGCUUCCUGCGGUCCAUCGCCUUGUCUUCUACCUCCUCGUUACAAGACACUCUGAGAUUGCUGACGCUGUGGUUCUCCCACGGUGGUGAUCAUGAAGUCAAUACCGUAGUCACUGAAGGGUUUACCACGGUGAAUGUGGACACUUGGUUGGCUGUCACCCCUCAACUGAUUGCACGAAUCAACCAGCCCAACAUCAGGGUCCGCGGUUCCGUUCACAGGCUGCUUGCGGAGGUCGGCAAGACACAUCCCCAAGCUUUGGUCUACCCAUUAACCGUGGCCAUGAAGUCCAAUGUGGCUCGGAGGUCUCAAUCUGCUACCAACAUCAUGGAAAGCAUGCGGCAGCACAGUGCCAAGCUCGUGGAGCAGGCGGAUCUCGUAAGCCACGAACUUAUCCGUGUUGCCGUGCUGUGGCACGAACUGUGGCAUGAAGGCUUGGAGGAAGCUUCUCGCCUCUACUUCGGUGACCAUAACGUGGAGGGCAUGUUUGCCACCCUUGCGCCUCUUCACGAUAUGCUUGAUAAGGGGGCCGAAACACUUCGUGAAGUCUCGUUCGCCCAGGCCUUUGGCCGCGACCUCGCCGAAGCGAAGCACUAUUGCAUGCUCUACCGGCAGACAGAGGAGAUCGGCGAUCUCAAUCAAGCUUGGGAUCUCUAUUACACGGUGUUCCGCAAGAUCAACCGCCAACUUCCGCAGCUGUCCAUUCUUGACCUCAAAUACGUCUCACCUCGCCUCAAGGAAUGCAAUGGCCUUGACUUGGCUGUGCCAGGAACUUACCAGAGUGGUCGACCCGUCAUUUGUAUCAUCAGCUUUGACCCGAUUCUGCAUGUGCUGCAGACCAAGAAGAGACCUCGUCGGAUGACGCUGAAGGGCAGCAAUGGAAGCUCUUAUAUGUACGCUCUCAAGGGCCACGAAGAUAUCCGUCAAGAUGAGCGAGUCAUGCAGCUCUUCGGGCUGUGCAAUACGCUUCUUGAUAAUGAUGGCGAGAGCUUCAAGCGUCAUCUCUCUGUCCAACGCUUCCCUGCUAUCCCGUUGUCCCAGAGCUCCGGUCUUCUCGGGUGGGUGUGUAACAGUGAUACAUUGCACGCACUCAUCAAGGAGUACCGUGAAAGCCGACGGAUUCUGCUCAAUAUCGAGCACCGAAUCAUGCUGCAGAUGGCACCGGACUACGACAGCCUUACUCUCAUGCAGAAAGUCGAGGUCUUCGGAUACGCCAUGGACAACACAACCGGCAAAGAUCUGUAUCGGGUGCUGUGGCUCAAAAGUAAGAGCUCUGAAGCCUGGCUUGAACGACGCACCAAUUAUACCCGAUCUCUUGGUGUCAUGUCCAUGGUUGGCUACAUUCUGGGUCUGGGUGAUCGACAUCCUUCGAAUUUGCUGCUCGAUCGAACAACGGGUCGGGUGGUACACAUCGAUUUCGGUGACUGUUUCGAGGUGGCCAUGCACCGAGAGAAGUACCCUGAACGUGUGCCAUUCCGUCUCACGCGUAUGUUAACCUUUGCGAUGGAGGUGAGCAAUAUCGAAGGAAGCUACCGUAUUACUUGCGAGGCCGUCAUGCGUGUCCUGCGGGAGAACAAGGAUUCUCUCAUGGCGGUAUUGGAAGCCUUCAUUCACGAUCCCCUGAUCAACUGGCGUCUCGGCGCGCAGGAAUCUCCGGACAGAGUGUCACUUACAGCGGAACGCCGCCAGUCCAUUAUCGAAGGCAUCAACUUCGAGCACGGCGUGCAACCGAGCAACUUCUCCCGUCAUCGCCGACCUUCCAUUCUCGAAGGCGGCAUCCUCGAUACCCAAGAAGGCGUCCCCGCCGAAGCCCGCGAAGCACAAAAUGCCCGCGCUCUCCAGGUUCUCGCCCGGGUCAAGGAGAAACUGACCGGACGAGACUUCAAGCAUUACGAGGAGCUCAACGUGAGCGACCAAGUCGACAAGCUCCUGGCACAAGCUACCAACGUGGAGAACAUCUGCCAGCACUGGAUCGGAUGGUGCAGUUUCUGGUGA